AUGUCUAAGGAAGAGAAUAAUCAGCCAUUAAUCUCCAACAAAUCACCAAAACAAGACGAAAUACUAACGAAAACCAUAGGAAAAACAAUAUUUGCUGUUACUUUUUAUAUGUCCAUCUCAAUUAUCCUUGUUUUCCUAAACAGACUUGUCAUGUCAGAGUCUAAAGAAAAAGCAGGCGCUUUAUUCACGUCUUGGUAUCAAUUUAUCGUUACUUACAUCAUUAUCAUCAUUAUUUCAACGUUUUGCCAAAAUGUUCCCAUCUUAAAUAUAUUUCCUCCGAUUAGAUACGAUUUUCAAACAUUUGUCAAAGUUUUACCUGUUUGUGUAACAUAUCUCUUACAAAUCGGUCUCAAUAAUAAAUGCUUGCAAUUUGUAAGUGUUUCUGGCUACCAAGUCGUCCGAUCCUUAACUAUUCUUUUCAAUAUUUUAUUAACUUACUUUAUUUUAAACCAAACUACUUCUCUUAAGGCAGUUUUAUGCUGUAUCGGAGUUAUCAUCGGUUUCUUCUUUGGAGUAGAAGGAGAGAUCGGAUUAACAUGGAAAGGAUGCUUUUAUGGCGUUGCAUCUUCUUUAUUCGUCGCUCUUUACUCAAUUGUCGUAAAAAAGACUCUCAAAUCAUUGGACAACAACGAAUACGUACUUAUCGAAUACAAUACUCCAAUAGCUAUCAUUGCUUUUAUUCCUUUAAUUUAUUUCAACGGAGAAUUUGAAGUUUUGACAAGAAAACUUUCAGCCAAUUUCUGGAUCAUGCAAACACUUGCUGGUGUGGUCGGAUUCCUUAUAAAUAUCGCGAUUUUUAUUAAUAUUAACGUUACGUCUCCUCUUACGCAUAAUCUUGCCGGAACUGUUAAGGCUUGCAUUCAGACAAUCCUUGCGUUCUAUAUUUUCCCAAGUAGUGAAAAAAUGACGAUCAAAAAAUUUAUUGGAACAGUUAUGAUCAUUGCUUUCUCAGGGCUUUACUCCGUUGUCCGUACUCUUGAAAUGAAGGCAAAGAAUGCUGCUCCUGCUAAUCCAGUUGCUUUUAAUCCUCAAAAUGAAACAAAAAACAAAGGAAAUAAUGACCAAGAAGAUAGUGAAGUAGAGCCUGAUCCUGAUGUCCCAAAAAAACGUCAACAGGAAGCUCAGUAG